GGCGGCCGUGGGCGCCAUCCGUUGCCAAGCGCCGCCGUUGCUAGAGCCGCGCCGAGCUGGGCGAGUGGCGUGGGCCCGUCGCCGUUUGUGCCGAACGCGGUUUGGUGGCCUCUGCGCGUACCACAUGGCGAACGUUGGAGCGACGCGCGCAGAGCAGCAAGGCAAACUCACGCCCGAGGACGCCCGGUCACUCGGCAAGAGCCCCGUGUACGGAGUGCGGUGGCUGGACGCGUGUCUGCAAGAGACUCUCCUGCCAGGCGCGUCCUGGCACAAGAUCUCAACGGAGGUCUCAUCAGAAGCCCUCGACACGAGGAAAAGGUCACCGGGUAAAGAGCACCACGGUCAGAGGUCACCGAAUGAAGACUCCGUGGCGGCGUUCGUGGACGGCACCCGCGUUGCGGUCGCUGCCGCGGCCAGAAGGGCGAUGGCGCAGGAAGCGGCGCACCAAGGGGAGCCGGUGCGCCGCUCGGUUGGGCUGCAAGGCUCCAGGAGCGAGCUGCUGGGAGAGUCUAUGUGCGCCGUGCUGGGGGUCGGGCCUGAGUGCCUGGACAGAGUGUGCUCGCGGCUCACGGGCAAACUCCUCCCGGCACGGCUCCGUGGAGAAAUAUGGUGCCGGUCUCUUGGGGGUGCGUGCGAGGGGGAGGCGUGGGAGCAGUUCAGGCGGAAAGUGUGGCGUGGCGUGGAUCAGAUGGGGAUGACGCACGCCACGCAAUCUCCCGUCGCACACCUCAUCCGCAACACGGUGACGGAGAAGCUGCGUGGGAGCGGCUGGCUGCAGCGCACGUACAUCUCGGGCGAUGGGCUGGCAUUCACGCUCGUGUGCGACGUCCUCAAUGUGCUGUACACGCACGGCCGCGUGUACGCACCCCACCUCGUGUACCGCCUCGUGCCGCUGCACCUCGCCUUCGCAUCCGGGCACCCGCACGCAGAGGCCACACUGCAGCUCGCCUUCCACCUCAAUGCCCUCCUUCAGAAGCACUUCCCGGAGUGGCGACGCAUCGCCGACAUCUCGCAGCGAGUGGUCGCGCGGCUGCAGGAGGGCGACCCGCACCUGCACGCGCGGCUGCUGAGGCUGACGCGCGACGUGGCGGCACCACACACGCAGAAGGAAUUCCGGAGCCUCCUGGAGUGGGGCGACGACGAGGAGAAGCAGAAGCAUUCGCACACGGGCGACGGGGAGCGCGGAGACUCUGGAGGAGACGCGGCGGAGCACGGGGACCCGCACGGCCCCCCGCCCAGCAUCCUGCUGGUCUUGCGCAAGUGGAUCGGAGAGGCAUUCGUGAGCGUGCUGUCGGCACCGGCCGUGCUGCUGCUGUGGGACCAGCUGUUCCUGAGCGCGUGGGAUGAGCGUGUGUUUGUGGAUUCGUGCCUCGCGCUGCUGUUGCUGCUCAGGGACCAGAUCAUGGCGUGCGCCGACUGGAGCUCGCUCAUCCAGGUGCUGUUGGAGGAGACGCAGCGUCUCUACACGGUGGACGUGGCACGGGCGUUGGCGCACCUGCGGGGAGACGGCGACGCGCUGGCCGUGCCUGCGCUCAACCGCUGGCACGGCGCCCUCUCCCCGUGGGUGGCCCACGACCCGAGUGUGGCGCCGCCCGCCCCGUGCCGGCCCUCCGAGCCGUUCGUCCUCCACAUCGACGCCGUGCGCUACCUGCCCGAUUGCGCCACCAUCAUCAAGGUGACGGGCCGCGUGGUGAAGUCGGGCCUGGAGGGACUGGAGGACAUCAUGGCCGUGCCAGAGUUGGACAGCCUGGCGCGGAGCCCCCACUUCUCGGAGUGCGUCUCGAUCCCCGCGGGGAGCGACGCGCGGGUGCACGACGACGCGCUGCUGCUGCUGCGCGUCUACACGCUGGAGAGGGACUCGCGGCGCGCCGUCGUCAUCGGUAACGUCCUGUUCGGGCUGUUCCGGAGCGACGGAUGUCUCAAGAGCGGCGGGCACCAGCUGAGGCUGUGGGCGGGGAUGCCCGAUCCCGGGGACUCGGCUCCGCUGAACGAGCACUCGCUCGUCCAUCACCCGCUUGUGCCGGCGUGCACCAUCCUCAUCCGCUUGCUGCCGCUCACUCCGGAGCCGAGGCCCCGGCCCUCGUACGAGACAGGGUUCUACUUGACGGAGGGGGCCCGCCCCUCGCCCUCGGAGAUCAACAUCAUGAGCUCGUACAGCAGGGACGACGCGGGCUCCCCCCGCACCGUGCGGGACUGGCUCUCCGUGCUGCACCCCGGUGAGCUGCCUGCGGACUGGCGCAGCGUCUACCUGGAGCUGCUGGACGCGCGGCGGGCGCUGCCCCCGGGCUGCCCGGCGCCGCACCUGAGCCCGCUGAGGGCCGUGCGGUACCGGCAGCGCACCGGCGUUUGCGUCAGCGUCACGGACGCCAGCGUCACAUCACGCGGCUGCCCGUACCAUUACGUACGGGUGUUGGCGAACAUAUUGCCGAGUGCCGAACUGGACACGCGCGCCGUCAAGGAGAUCGUGAUCGCGAACCGUUUGAACCUCGUCAACUGCGGCACUCUGAGCGGGGAGCUGGAAAACUGUAAGAUUCUGAAUCUGCAGCCGGACUGGGCGAACUCGCUGCUGCUCAGGGUGUUCGGCCGGAACGACGACGGCGACGACGGUGAAAAUUCGGAAUUUGCCGACGUGAGCAGCGCGGACUCCAAAGGGAGCAGCUCGUCGCCGCAGCUGGGCUGGGGAGUGCUGCCCCUGUUCCACGGGCCAUAUGUGAGGACAGGAAAACAUGACAUUCUGCUGUUUGAAGGGGCUCCAGAUGAGAACGUGGCGGCGCUGCUGACCCGGGGGGGUGGGGACGUCGCCUCGGCCCUGCGGGAGGCGGAGGAGAAGCAGUGGACUCGGCGAGCGCAGCUCUGCACCGGCCUCACCGUGGAGCUGUGGGACGGACAUUACCUGGAGGCCGAGAGGCAGUCGCUCAUGAACUGGGCCUCCAAGCAUCAGGCGGAACAUGGAGAAGAGCGACCGUAGCCUUCCUGUUCGUCUCCGUACGCGAGGCUCUGCUCGUGAGACGACGGAGACUUGGACGCGUCACACCCUCGGCCGGCCGGUUGGCCGGCCGGCUCCCCCUCGACGAAUCCGCGACAGCGACCGCAGGCAUCGACGGCACGCGGACACUGCGGCACUCUGCUUGGUGUCCGCUACUCGGCCGACUCGAUGAUGUCAGCUCGUGCUCCGGUUCAGAACGCUCAACAGGGCGGACCUCUUGACGGAUGUCAGCGAUGGCUCUCGUUCAAUUGGAUUCCUCCCACCGCCUCUGUCCGCCCAGGGGCAUAAAUGGGAACUACCGCAGUUAGUCGAUCGGUGGGUAUUGGGUGUGGGUACUCCUAACACAUCUCCCACGACGUUACUGGGCCAGCAUGGACGAGUUGACUCUAGAUUUGAAGCUUUCGUGACUGCAAGGAUUCAUACUCUUAGUUUUUUUCAGUAAAGUCACGUAGGUAAAAAAUAAAAUUAAAAGUAAU